AUGUCGACUGCCACCGUGGUUGAUGAAGCCAGUGCUCAGUCGAUGGUCACCGCUCUCCGUUUCUACAAGCGUGGUGACCUUCGUCUGGAAGAACUCGAGCCCCAAUUGUGUGGUCCUGACGAAGUUCGCGUCAAGGUCGCUUAUAGUGGCAUCUGUGGCACCGAUGUCACCGAGUAUAUUGGGGGACCUAUUUUCCCGCCCCAGGAAGGACAUAUGAAUCCUCAUACUGGAGUCUCGCUACCUAUUGUUAUGGGUCACGAAUUCUCUGGUAUCGUCUGCGAAAUCGGCUCCAACGUGGAACAUUUGAACGUUGGGCAGCCAGUGGUUAUCAGUCCUGCGUACGACCAUCGUCACCAUGGUUCCCAGUUUUGCGGACCUUGUAAGGAUGAAAGGUAUAAUAUUUGCGAUGCAUCAGCGACCAUUGGCCUCAAUGCACCCGGUGGUGGCUUCUGCGACCAAACUGUUGUCAAGGAUAUGAACUGUAUUGCUCUCCCUUCUAACGUUAGCCUGAAGGCUGCUGCUUUGGUAGAGCCUCUUGCGAUUGGACGGCAUUGUAUAACCUCUUCAGGCUUUAAGAAGGGCCAGUCAGUUCUUAUAUGUGGCGCAGGCCCAAUUGGACUGGCUAUUGUUCUACUCCUGCGUGUCAUGGGCGCUUCUAAGAUCAUCGUGACCGAAGUAUUGGAAUCGCGUAUGAUGCAAGCCCGAAAGUUUGGGGCAGAUGUUGUCCUCAAUCCGCUGCAAGCCUCUGCCGAUAAUUCCAUGUCUGCAGAGGAGGCGAUCGAGAAAGCAGUUCCAGGUGGCGUCGAUAUAGCCUUUGAUGCAAUUGGAUUUCAGUCAACACUGGAUCUUUCCAUCGCUAGCGUGAAACCGGGCGGAGUGAUUUUCAAUGUCGCCAUUCACAAGAAGCCACUAUCACUGAACUUGAAUGACUUGGCAAUGAAAGAGAAGAAACUGACUGGCGGUAUUUCUUAUUUCCAAGAGGAUUUUGAUGUCGUUAUUGGCAUGCUGGCAGAAGGCAAGCUUGAAGCGGAACAAAUGAUAACCUCUAUCAUUCCACUGUCCGAGGUUGUGAAAGGAGGCUUUGAAGAAUUGGUUCACAAUCGUGAGGCCCACAUAAAGAUUUUGAUCAAGCCUUGA